ACCACAAGAUGUCAUGAAUAACAUGUCCGAUGAAGGAAGGGUGAUAUGUACAUUAUCGCAUUUCGAGGAGAGCAUGUGCCUCGACAGUGUCGAUCAUGCCUGGUACGGGAUAGUCCUCGAGUUGGUCAUAAUCUUCUACUGCUUCGGUAUGCUAUCCUUUGCUGCUGACCACCUGUGCAACUCCAUGGAGACUCUCUGUGACCACUGGGACGUUCCUGAGGAUGUUGGUGGUGCCACAUUCAUGGCCUUAGGCGGAGCGGUUCCCGAACUUACCGUCAACUCUGUGGCGACUAUGAAGUCCCUAUUGAAACAGUCGCGCACCGACCACCCCGAAGAUGUAACCGAAGCCGAGUUGGGCGUCGGAGCCAUCCUGGGCAGCGGCCUGAUAGCCUUCCUUGCCAUCCCCGCUCUGUGCGCCCUCGUCACCCUAGACGGGCGGCCCCUGGCCCUCAAGAGGGGCCCUCUUACUCGAGACAUAUGCUUCUACAUGCUGGCACUAGGUCUGUUGAUGUGGGCUCUCCGGAGAGGGGUCGACUUGGCAAUAUCCUCUCUCGAACUGCUCACUUACGUCAUCUACGUUCUGGUCCUAUGCUAUGCACGUAAAGUCAACGCCUGGUACAAGCAGUGGAAGGUGAGUCACGUCAGCAACCCCAGAGUCCUUUUUGCCAAGGAGUCCACCUCCAUUUUCCGAGAGCGUUACGACUCCCAGCGAUCGCAGCCGUUACUUCAGUCUGCCCAUCGGCCUCGGAAAAAGCGUGUGCCUUCUCCUAAGAGCGUUGUCGUAGCGUUGAUGUCGCCAUUGAAAUGGGCUGUUGAUGAGACCUGCCCCGACUGUAGAAUAUACCAACCUCGGGAAGGUCUUUACCCUCUGACUUUCAUCGCAUCCUUCCUUUGGAUAACCCUGGCCUCGUUCAUCCUUGGGACUGUAGUAGAUCGCUGGGUAGUCCUACUAGGGCAGCCCUCAAGCAUGGGGUAUUUUGGUCUCAUCUUGGUCGCUGUAGGAGCUGAGAUUCCUGAUACCGUCAAUGCCAUUACAGUAGCCAGUCGGGGGUAUGGCUCUAUGGCAGCUUCAGCGUGUAUGGGCUCUCAGAUCAUUAACAUCUGUGUGGGCUUGGGCUUGCCCUGGACGCUAGCAUGCCUUGCAGGAGGCUCUAUACCCGUGGACAAGCGAAGUUCUUUCCUCUUUGACACGUCCAUCGUCAUACUAGCCUCUGUCUUCGGGCUACUCCUUUUCACUGUCGGCGUUGCUGUGUUAAAGCGCUACCCAAAGGCCUACAUUACUCGUGGUGGCGCUGUGGUGAUGUUCUCGUGUUAUACAGUAUUCAUUAUAGUGCUUGGUGUGCUCACCUUCACCCAUGUGUUUUCGACACAGUCAGACUGACUGCUCUUCGCUGCUGUUGUCGUUUACCCUUCAUAAUGGCA